GUUUAAAGCUGCAGACAGAAACAUCAGACUCAGGACAGAAACACACGACCUCUAAAAAAUGGAGCAAACUCUAUCUUUCAUUCUUCUUCUCAUUGCUCUCUGCUCCGUAUCUGAAUGUGUUCAGCGUCAGUAUCACUUUAUAAACGUGAAGAAGAACUGGACUGAAGCUCAGAGAUACUGCAGAGAGAAUUACACAGAUCUGGCCACCGUUGACAACAUGAACGACUUGAACGAGGUGAACAAGAGUGUGAAUGAUGAACGUCAUGAGUAUGUCUGGAUUGGACUGCAGAAGACGGGUGUUGAUAAAUGGCAGUGGUCUUCAGGUGAUCCUGCGCUCUAUCAGAACUGGUCUACUGGACAACCAAAUAACAGAGACGAGUGUGCUGUGAUGAAGAAUGGAGAAUGGCAUAAUUUGUCAUGUAGUGAAACUCGUCAUUUCAUCUGCAACAACAUGAACACAGGACUCGUCUUUGUCAAUCAGACGAUGAAAUGGAGAGACGCUCAGAGUUACUGCAGACAGAAUCACAUUGAUCUGGUCAGUGUGAGGAACCAGAAUGAGAAUCAACAGGUUCAGAAGUUCAUCAAUGAUAGUCUCAUAUCUGGUGAUGUCUGGAUUGGUCUGUUCAGAGACUCAUGGCAGUGGUCAGAUCAGAGUGACUCCUCAUUCAGAUACUGGAGGUCUAAUGAACCUAGUAAUGGAAAUAAUGAAAACUGUGCAGCGAUCAUCCAUCUCGCUCCGAGAGAAUGGAAUGAUGUCUCUUGCAGUGAUCAAAAUCAUUUUGUGUGUCAUGAAGAUAAACUGAUUCUGAUCAACAAGACUUGGACGUGGUCUGAAGCUCUGAGAUACUGCAGACAGAAUCAUGUGGAUCUGGUCUCGGUUCAUUCAGAAGAGAUGCAGCGUCGUGUGAUGAAUGUGGUUAAACGGGCGUCUACUGAGGAGGUGUGGUUGGGUUUACGUCACUCCUGCACUGUGGGCCUCUGGUUCUGGGUGAGCGGGCAGACCGUGUGCUAUCAGAACUGGGCUCCAGGGAAUGGCACAGGAGAGGAAGAAUGUGACCGUACAGUGAGAUCUGGAGCAGUUCGGUCUGGAGGAGAUCAGCGCUGGAUCAGUCGUCCUGAGACUGACAGACUCAACUUCAUCUGCAGAAAUUAUGAGUGAAGGAUACACUUGUGCUGUUCUUUCACUUUCAUUUUGCCUUGUUCUAUCUUCAUCAGAUAAUGUGCUUAUUGUUACAUGUCUACUGUUGUAUUCCUUAGUUUGACCUAGUUUCUGUCUGUCAGUCUGUUAAUCAUGUAAUUAGUUUCCACCUGUGUUCAUUAUCUCCCUCAUUAGUUCCUUCGUUUGAGACUUGUAUUU